CGCCGUAGCGCAGCGAAGCUGCAGUGCGCAGGCGUAGGCGAGCGCGGAGGCGCGGUCACCAUGGCGCUGCUGUAGCGGUGCAGGUGCCUGGGAUCCAGGAUGAGCGGGUCCGAAACGGACCGCUGGGCGUGGCUGCUGGUGCUGAGCUUCGUGUUCGGGUGCAACGUGCUGCGCAUCCUCCUGCCGUCCCUAUCCUCAUUUCUUUCCAGGGUGCUGCAGAAGGAUGCAGAGCAGGAGUCACAGAUGAGAACAGAGAUCCAGGACAUGAAGCAGGAGCUGUCCACUGUCAACAUGAUGGACGAGUUUGCCAGAUAUGCCAGGCUGGAAAGGAAGAUCAACAAAAUGACGGACAAGCUCAAAACGCACGUGAAGGCACGGACAGCUCAGUUGGCCAAGAUCAAGUGGUUUAUAAGUGUUGCUUUCUACAUACUGCAAGCAGCGCUGAUGAUCUCACUCAUUUGGAAGUAUUACUCUGUCCCUGUGGCUGUGGUGCCCAGCAAGUGGAUCACCCCGCUAGAUCGCCUGGUAGCCUUUCCUACUCGAGUAGCAGGUGGAAUUGGAAUCACCUGUUGGAUUUUAGUCUGUAACAAAGUUGUGGCUAUCGUUCUCCACCCUUUCAGCUGAAGUGAAGGCCUGCUACAAGUCUUUACAAAGGAUUCUGAUAGGGUGCAGAGCGGAGUACAAGUCCACAGAUUCUUGGUUCUUAUGCUUUGGAAUGUUUGCUUUUGUAUAUUACCUGGGAUUCUUCUUGAAGUCAGGAUUUUCUACACCCGCCAUUGAGCCAGAAAGACCAGUUAUGGCACUCUUGUAUUGUGUGACAUAGCUCUGGAUCCAUACCGACUGGGAAUCACCAAGUGGCAUCUGCUGGUGCUUGUUCUGGGCAUGGUUUGGGUCUGUCACCAGCUGCAAAGUCAGACUUGUAACAACUCCAAUAGUGUCAUUUUUAAUUUUAGAAAAACCCACACUUUUCAUGCCACUACUAAACCUCCUUUUUAUCUCAGUUACCGAAAGUGACAUACUCUAGUGGACAUCGCUGUGCUUGUCCCCUUGAAGUGUCCCCUUGAAAUGUCACGUAAGUGUGUGAAAAGUAUCGCCGUAUGUCUAAGGUUGUUAAUUUUUCAUAGUGGUUCCUACAUGUGUUCACAAGACUACAUAUGUUUUUAUUUAAAGCAUUUCAAGUGAAGUAUGUCUCUAAAGCGUUGGGUGUUUAUGCUGUGCAGGGUGGAAUAGGGUUAAGCAGGGUGUGGUCUGCUCCAGUUCAUCUGAGACUCCUUAGGCUCAUGAAGUUACUAGGCAGAAUUCUGCUAAGUCUGGUUAUUUUUGUUUUUGUUUUUUUUGUUUUUGAGACAAGGUCUCUCAGUGUAGCUGCGGCUGUCCUGAAAUUAUGUAGACCAGGCUUGUCUCAAACCCACAGAGAUCCACCUGCCUCCAUCUCCAGGAUUAGAGGUGUAUGUGCUACACCAAGACUGUUUUUGAAGCACUUUUCCUAGUUACAGUAUUUGCCAGUGCUAGUGUGACUGUCCCACCAGCCUUACUGCAGGGGCAGUCCAUCGCUGCCUGGGCUGCAAGCUGCGGUAUUUGCCUCUGGGGAAACAUAGCACAGAAAAAUCCCUGCCAACACUGCAUGUCUCUGCACAGCUCUGGCUGUCUGGAAUCACUAGGUAGACCAGGCUGACCUGGAAUUUAUAGGAAUCUUCUUGUCACUGCCUCACAGUGGCUGGGAUUAAAGGCAUAGCACUGGGUUUUGAAGGAUCAUAUUUAUAUUCCUGUGUUUCCUAAUGAUCUCCUAAGUUGCUCUUUGUUAUUCUGACUGUACUGUGAACAGGCCCAGGGUGCGGCCCUUGGGUUGGUUGUAGGCUGAGUACCACCAGAGCAGGCUUGAGAGUCCAUUGAUUUAAACUCAGCAGAUGCUGCAGAUAGAUCACGUAGCAUCGAGGAUACUUGGCUGUAUUUGUAAUGGGCAUAAAUGGAGCGCAGAAGAGGCAUAGCCAACACUGCCAGGAGGACCUGCCCACGAGCUCCAGCAUGCUCACCAUGAAGGAAGCUCAUGGUCUACACAAGAUAAGUUCUGGACCUGAGGAGGUUGACUGCAGAACCUGGGUUCCCUCCAGGCAUUCAGCCUUCAGGGCCAGGUGUGUGUGUGUGUGCGCGCUUUCCUCCUUUUUGUAUUGCACCACAGUCUGCUAUGGUGCUUUUGCCCACAUCAUUUAGGUAGCUUGGGUCAGCAUCCCGAGGUCACUUGGAAGGGCAAUCAGAAGAAAGUGCCCACACCAGAUGCCUCUCACAGGACUCGUGAUUUCAGCUGACCUGAAAGAACAAGUGACUGUUAGUGUUCCCAUGUGUGUAACGUGGAUGUCGGCGCUUCCACAGGUAUAAUGUAAGACUAUAUGUAACACCCAGUAGGGCAUAUCAGUGUGUUUCCCCUCCCCCAAAUUGUAACUUGUUUAUUAAUGAAUAAUAAACGUUGAGUUAAAAAGGGA